AUGACAAAGAAAAAACCGUUGGCUUAUCCCAACAAUGGAUCCUCCGGAUCUGAGCUGGAAGAACUCGACUCGUUGAUGCCGAAGAAGAAACAAUUGCCUGAUGGAUCCGGUUCUGAGCUGGAAGAACUCAAGUCGUUGAUGCGGAUGAAAAAACACUUGCCUGAUGGAUCCGGAUCUGAGCUGGAAGAUCUCGACUCACUGAUGAUGCCCAAGAAAAAAUGCUUGCCUGAUGGAUGCCGUCCUGAGCUGGAAGAAAUCGACUCAUUGAUGCGGAUGAAAAAACACUUGCCUGAUGGAUCUGGAUCUGAGCUGGAAGAUCUCGACUCACUGAUGAUGCCCAAAAAAAAAUGCUUGCCUGAUGGAUGCGGUUCUGAGCUGGAGGAUCUCGACUAG